UUCUUGAAUGACUAAAUGUUUCUUUUGACUUUGUUCUUCGGCUGUUUCGAUCCAAAGAUGAGUAAAGAAGGGAACGAAGACCAGAAGCUGCAUCGACCUGCUCCUCAUCUUAACGAGAGGAUUCUCUCAUCCUUGUCAAGACGUUCUGUAGCAGCACAUCCAUGGCAUGAUCUUGAGAUUGGACCUGGAGCUCCACAGAUUUUCAACGUGGUUGUGGAGAUCACAAAAGGAAGCAAGGUCAAAUAUGAACUUGACAAAAAGACAGGACUCAUCAAGGUUGAUCGUAUUCUGUACUCAUCAAGUCAAAUAUUGGAUUAAUGCCUAUGAUUGA